AUGGCAGACAAAGGCAAAAAGGGCAAACCGAAGCCAGCACCAAAACCAGCAGCGCCAACAAUCGCUGAGGACGAAUCCCAAGAGGAAGAGAAGCCGCCAAAGCCAAAGCCAAAGCCGGUGCAGCCCAAGGAUGAAGUGGGCACGAGGAAGGGAUGUCCCCGCUACAGGUGGGAAUUAAAGGACAGCAAUAAAGAGUUCUGGGUUAUGGGGCACGCCGAGGUCAAGAUCCUGAGCUUGGGCUGCCUAGCAAUUGCUCUGAUCUUGUUCAUGCGGACUGCCGCGCACCCCAUCCUGACACUCAUCAUCACCAUGGAGAUGUCCAUCUUCAGCUUCUUCUUCAUUAUGCAUACCUUCGCCGUCCAGAGAUACAUGCCCUUCAUCCUAUGGCCCAUUUCUGACCUUCUCAAUGACGUGUUCUCCACCUUGUUCCUGGUGGGGGCUGUGGUCUUCGCUGUGAGAAUUCGACAAACCAUGCCGAUAAACUACUUUAUUGCUGUGAUCCUUAUUGGUAUGGCUGGAGUUUUUGCUCUCAUCGAUGUAUGUCUUGAAAGAAAACACUUCAGAGGCAAGAGGAUCAAAAAGAAUGUGCUGAUUCCUCCUGCAAAAAAGCAGAUAACAAAGGAAGCAGAGACUGUAAAGCCAAAGGAAGAGGAAAAACAACCACCAGCAAAGCCAAAGGAAGCAGAAAAACCACCAGCAGCAGAAAAACCAUCAGUUAGUAUUAGUCCUUAUUUGAAGUGCCCUCGGCAGGAGGGCAACGGGGUCGUGUCAUCUCCUCAGGGCUUGGGGCCUCCGAGAACUGAGAACCAGAGUCAGGCUGGCGUAUGGGCCGAGCAGGAUGGUACAGGAGGGACCGAGGGAGCGGCUGCUGCAGAGACGGCCAGUCAGCCCCAUAGGACCUGCAGCAUCUCUCUCCAGUGA